AUGAUAUUUCAUGACAAGAACCAACUUACAUGUCCUCAUUGCCCUCGCAAAUUCAUACAGCAAUCCCAGCUUAACGAUCACAUUCGGACUCAUACCGGCGAAAAGCCGUUCAUGUGUAAAGUCUGCGGCAAAGCGUUCCAUGCCGCUAGCAUCCUAAGCGCCCAUCUGAAAAUUCACAACAAGGACCAUCAGUGUCCCUUCUGUCCUCGCAAAUUCGCACUGAAAUCCCAGCUUAAGAAAAAAUCAGAACACACUGGUAAUCAACCUGUGUCCGUAGUCGGCGAGCAGCGACUGUUGAGUUCAAAUAUGCGACGAAGUUCCCAAAAGGAUACCACCACUACAGAGUUCUCAGUGUCUACAAUGCAGAGCCCAAAAGUUACUGGUAAUGUGUCUCGAAACAAGCAUAAACACCAGUGCCCUCUUUGCCCCGCCACGUAUCCAAACACAUACAAGCUGAAGACUCACAUCCGGGCUCACACCGGCGAAAAGCCAUUCAUGUGUAAAGUCUGUAGCAAAACGUUCCAUGCGGCAAACAACCUGACAAUACAUAUGCAAAUUCACGACAAGGACCAACAUCAAUGUCCUCAUUGUCCUGGCAAAUUCGCACGGCAAUCCUAUCUUAAGGAUCAUAUUCGGACUCAUACCGGCGAAAAGCCAUUCAUGUGUAAAGUCUGUAGCAAAACGUUCCAUGCGGCAAGCUACCUGCACAAACAUAUGAAAAUUCACGACAAGAACCAACUGACAUGUCCUCAUUGCCCUCGCAAAUUCAUACAGCAAUCCCAGCUUAACAAACACAUUCGGACUCAUACCGGCGAAAAGCCGUUCAUGUGUAAAGUCUGCGGCAAAGCGUUCCGUGCAGCUAACGUCCUAAGCGCCCAUCUGAAAAUUCACAACAAGGACCAUCAGUGUCCCUCCUGUCCUCGCAAAUUCGCACUGAAAUCCCAGCUUAAGAGUCACGUCCGUACUCACAUCGGCGAAUAGUCAUUCCGGUUACAAGUUUGAGGCAAAUUGUUUCAUGCGAAUGCCUUUCUGUAUAAACCGUUGAACCGAUUCACAACAAGGAGAAGAACUUGUCAGAACGACAGCAUUCUGAAAUUCACAAACAGAAACAACCUACAUAAGAAAAUAUUUCAUUGAUGCUAUUUGCGAGUCCUGAUAACAGAAUAAGUUCGUUAAGAUGGAACAUGAUAGUUGUGAUGAACAGGAUGAAUAGAACGCGGUUUAAAUAACGAU